CAUCAAAUACUCCUUGCCACCACCCAAAAAAACAAAAGAAAAAGAGCAACUUAAAAUGCUUGGCACGUUCCUCCAUUCCUUCAUUGCCUUUAAGCUAGGUAAGUCUCGAUCUUAAUUCAACAAAUUAAAAAUUGUACCAAAAUAUUAGUGAACGUGAAAACUUAGGAUGGGGUCAGUUGUGGCAGAGCUAGAAGGGACAAUAGUGACGGAUCCUGACCCAUUUCCAUACUUCAUGUUAAUCGCAUUUGAAGCCUCGGGUCCUAUUCGAUUUUGCUUGCUUCUCCUUUUCUGGCCACUUAUCCGUUUCCUACAUUUAUUAGGCAUGGGUGAUGUCGGGUUAAGACUUACCAUAUUUAUCGCGGUUGCUGGACUCCCCAUAUCUGAGAUCGAGUAUGUGGGGCGGGCUGUAUUACCCAAGUUCUAUAUGGAUCAUUUGAAUAUGGAUUCUUGGAAGGUUUAUAGCCAAUAUGGUAAAAGAGUUGUUGUGACAAAAACACCAAGGGUCAUGGUGGAGAGGUUUGUGAAGGAACACUUAGGUGCUGAGGAGGUUAUUGGCAGUGAGCUUCAACUUAAUCGGUUUGGGUAUGCCACGGGUUUGGUUAGAGAUGUCGGAUCGAUCAUGGAUCGGGUUGAUAAGUUGUUUGGGAAUGAAAAUCCUUGCUUAUGCUUAGGAACAUCGGUUGGCUUUGAUUCCGGCACAUUGACAUCACUUUGCGAGGAGAACUCCCACACACAUAAACCAUUGGAAGACUACCACAAGCACAACCACCCAACUCCGGUAAUUUUCCAUGAUGGUCGACUUAUUAAGUACCCGAAACCAAUGACAGCACUCCUAAUAAUGUUAUGGUUCCCUAUUGGAUUGAUGCUUGCAAUCAUCCGCAUCCCAAUGUUCAUAUUUUUCCCACUUUCAACAAUUUGGUACGGGUCAAUGAUCAUGGGUCAUCGUGUGAUUGUCAAAGGCGACCCCAAACGACGACCGCCAUCGUCGUCGUCAAGUGGCGUCCUCUUUGUCUGCAACCACCGCACUUUCGUUGACCCUGUAGUCAUAUGUAGCAUCCUAAACAAGAAGAUCGCAACCGUGACAUACUCCCUCUCAUCGUUUUGCGAAACCUUUGCACCAAUCCCAACAUUUCGUUUAACCCGUAUUCGUGAAUUGGACCAAGAGAGGAUCAAACGAGAGUUAUCAAAAGGUGACUUGAUAAUGUGCCCUGAAGGAACCACAUGCCGUGAGCCUUUCCUAUUAAGGUUUAGUAGCAUGUUUGCUCAACUCACUGAUCAAAUCGUGCCUGUUGCCAUUAACUUUAAGCCUCCGUUCUUCCACCCGACCACGGCUCGAGGGUGGAAGAACUUGGAUCCGCUUUUCUUCGUCAUGAAUCCUACAAUGGAAUAUGAGAUUACUUUCUUAAACCAACUAUCCGUUGAAUCAACUUGCUCCAAUGAUAAUGGUGGUAAAACCUCAUAUGAGGUUGCCAAUCAUGUCCAACGGCUCUUGGCUGAAACUUUGAACUUUGAAUGUACUCAUUUUACGAGGAAGGAUAAAUAUAGGUUAUUGGCUGGGAAUGAUGGAACAAUAUCACACACUGUAAUAUAGGAUAUUGUGUUGGAUACAAAUUUCAUUAAGACUGUUCUCUUCAUCUUCCGGUAUGGUCUGAUUUUUCUAGUAUCAAUUAGCUCAGAUCUGGUCUGGAUAUAU